AUGGCUCGAAAAAGAGGAAGGGUGACGAAGAAAUUGUCGAGGAGAAAAGUUCGAAACGUGAAACCGAUGAAAAUUGCUGCUCUAAUCGUGUCCGCUAUUCAAGACCUUCGUCAGACCAAAGGAUCCACUACUAACAAGAUCAUAGGUUACAUAAACUACGGGACGAAUAUGGGUGAGGGACAGGUUAAACGACAAGUAAAAGCAGCGUUGAGAAGGGGAGUCGAGUAUGGCAUACUAAGAAGGCACCGGGGUCACUAUUUCCUCCCUGUGUCCGAUGAAUUAGAUCGUGCAAAUCGCAUUGCCUUGAGAUUCGCUAAAUUACCUUUGCCCUCUUCCAAUUCCAUCAAGUCAAACACGAUCCCUUCCCGCAAAAUCACGUCGGUGAAAAGUCAAAGGAAGUUGACCAGCUCUAACGUAGGAUCACAGAAGACGAAACGAUUCGUAAAACCUCGUUCACCUUUAAUUUCACCCACAGUUAGUUUGGCGAACGCUGUUUGCGUUGCUGAUCAUUUGUAA